CACAGAGAUAUCGAAAGUCUGGAAUCCUAUCGCGCCAAGCGCGGACUCUGCGCGCGCUUUAUCAACCAACGGGAUGCGUGGCUCGCUCGUCCUCUCAGGCCAGACGGCGCCCCGAGCAUGGCAGGGUGGCUGCUGAACAGGAAUCGCCUUGUCUUUCAUCUGACAGGUUGCCUAGAGGUCCCUAUGCCUUCGAUCCUAGUUCAGAGAUGGAGGUACCAGGCUCAUCUUCCACCAUCUCUGAGCAGCAGCUGCGGUGGCAAGGGGGACUGAGCCACACCGGAACAGACUCGGCCAAGCAGAGUCUCAUCUCUUCUGAGGAAUGGCUUCAACUGCAUGGGCUUAAGAGCAAUCAAUUGACCUUGAAACAGAUUUUGUCACAGAUCGGAUUUCCACGUUGUGAAGAUUAUGUGACGUCUCUGGGGAGACUUGUGGCUUCCCGGCAUGCAGACGGCCUGUUUCCACGGAUCUACACAACGGAAGAUGGCAGAGUGUACAAUUUGACAGCCAAAUCAGAACUGAUCUAUCAGUAUGUGGAACACUUAACACAAGCUGUGGAGAGCUACAAGCAGCGGAUGGACUGGCUCACCAGCAACAGCGGGCAGAUAUUUGGUGUCAUCUUGGAACAGUGCAUCACCAUAGUGCUGGAUUUUGGCGGCAUGCUGGAGGAGGAGAUCAAGCUGUGCCAAGAUGCUCUAAUCAUGGUCCUCCAGGAGCAGGUGGCUCACAUAGCCAAGUUCAAUAUCAUAUGGGUUUCUCAAGAGCCUGUGAAAUGGCAGGAAGGUGCUGUUCCUGUGACGGCACGAUCCAUAGCCGCUGCCAUCAGCUGGGUUGAGAAAUCGCCUUUUGAGCUGGCUCUGAGACAGACUCGCCGCUUAGACGCUCUGCUGGAGGCGGGGAAAGACGAAUCGGUUGAAUCCAUUUAUUACUUCGUGGUGGGGGAUGUUCCAGAGGAAUCCAAGGAGCUUCUCCUUCAGAGGGCUCUGGAGGUCCCAUAUCCUGUCUGCACGGUGUCCUUCAAUGCCAGACGAGAGGGCACGACAGCUUUCUUAAAGGAUCUGAGUGCCAAGGCCCGAAGCAGAUUCCAUGCAUUUGCAGAGAGAACAGAGCUCGUGGAACUUCCUGCCUUCCCCAUUAAGGAGGGCGACAGUGUAAUUACUUGGAAUUCAAGGAAACUGAAAGGAAAACUCCCUCCAGGAGCUGGGGUCAGGGAGGACGUGUUUCUCAUCUGGAGGGAGAUGCAGGAAGCCAGCAGCACGUUGGCCCAGAUCCAGAGUCUGGCGGCUGAGCGUCCCAAUACCGACGUGGCCACAACAGACCACGGAGCAGCCUCUGCCGAAAAUGAGCCGAAUCCGGAGGACACCUGGGACUCUGAGAAGUGGCUACAGAAAUAUGGUUUGAAAUCCCAGAAGCUGUCAUUUUACGAUGUCAUUGCUGACUGCUCCUUCCGCCAUGCUGAUGGAGUUGUUGAUAUAAAAGCCAAACCAGAGAAUGGGUCGGUGCAGACCAGUGCGAAGACCAACAAGAAGACAGUGCAUGCGAAAUACUGCAGCAGAUUUGUCCGUGCUCCCUGGAAGGAUGGGAGCUUGGUCCACGUCUGCAUGACCAAGGAGAAGUACACAUGGUACAGUGAGAGAAUUCAUGCCGUCCUGGCCCGGAUCCAGAGGAGGAUUAAAUGGCUACAGGAUGGGAGUCAAGUCCUUCUUGGAAAAGUGCCUAGUGAUUGUGCCUAUGUUCUCAUUGACACAUCUCACUCAAUGAAGGGGAAACUGGACCUGGUGAAGAACAAGAUCAUCCAGCUCAUACAGAUUGGAAGUUCCACAAACACCUUGAGUGCCCUGCAAAUUGCUUUUGCUGAUAAAGAAACACAAGUAAUCUACCUUUUGACAGAUGGGAGACCUGACCAGGGACCGACGGGACCUCUGAGGGGAACAGACAAAGGAGUCCUGGGCUGAGAAAGGCUUCCUCGGUGUCCUAUAGACGUGGCCCCCGCAU